GCAGGGCGCACGCGCGCGGCUCCCGGCAGCCCGCGAGACGCCAGCUGCGGGACACGGCGGCUCUCUGAGGCGGGAGCUGAGGAGGAUGGAGCCGCCAAAGGUGGAAAAGUUCAUCACCGCCGACAAGGGAAACGGGCUGCGCGCCUUGGUGCCACUGCGCCCCGGGGAGCUGCUCUUCCGCUCGGAUCCCCUGGCGUACACGGUGUGCAAGGGGAGUCGUGGCGUCGUCUGCGACCGCUGCCUCCUCGGGAAGGAAAAGCUGAUGCGAUGUUCUCAGUGCCGAGUUGCCAAAUACUGUAGUGCUAAGUGUCAGAAAAAAGCUUGGCAGGACCACAAGCGGGAAUGCAAAUGCCUUAAAAGCUGCAAACCCAGAUAUCCUCCAGACUCUGUGCGACUUCUUGGCAGAGUUGUUUUCAAACUUAUGGAAGAAACACCCUCCGAAUCGGAGAAGCUUUACUCAUUUUAUGAUCUGGAGUCAAAUAUUAACAAACUGACUGAAGAUAAGAAAGAGGGCCUUAGGCAACUUGCAAUGACAUUUCAACAUUUCAUGAGAGAAGAAAUACAGGAUGCUUCUCAGCUGCCACCUUCCUUUGACGUUUUUGAAGCCUUUGCAAAAGUUUCAGGUUCCAAUGAAGUCUGGCACCUGUGUGUGUCAUCAUCCUCUGAGGUGAUCUGCAACUCUUUCACCAUCUGUAAUGCAGAGAUGCAGGAAGUCGGUGUUGGCCUAUAUCCUAGUAUGUCUUUGCUCAAUCACAGCUGUGACCCCAACUGUUCGAUUGUGUUCAACGGGCCCCACCUCUUACUGCGUGCCGUCCGAGACAUUGAGGCGGGAGAGGAGCUUACCAUCUGCUACCUGGACAUGCUGAUGACCAGCGAGGAGCGCCGGAAGCAGCUGAGGGACCAGUACUGCUUUGAAUGUGACUGUUUCCGAUGCCAAACCCAAGACAAGUUAUGCCCAUUGCUACAACUAUCAUGGAACCCAGUGGGAAGUGCACAAAGGAUUGUGCCUGUGGAAGCUGCAGGACGUUUGAUCUGGUUCUUGGUGGAUGGAGAGGAGUUUGUUUGGAUGACUAAAUUGAGGAAGAGCCUUCCAGACAAAGGGAAUGGGAUAUGCAGAGAGGAUGCUGAUAUGCUAACUGGUGAUGAACAUGUAUGGAAAGAAGUUCAAGAAUCCUUGAAAAAAAUUGAAGAACUGAAGGCACAUUGGAAGUGGGAACAGGUUCUGGCCAUGUGCCAGACGAUCAUAAGCAGCAACUCAGAACGGCUUCCCGAUAUCAACAUCUACCAGUUGAAGGUGCUCGACUGCGCUAUGGAUGCCUGCAUCAACCUCGGUCUGCUGGAGGAGGCAUUGUUCUACGGUAUUCGGACCAUGGAGCCAUACAGGAUCUUUUACCCGGGAAGCCACCCCGUCAGAGGCGUGCAGGUGAUGAAGGUUGGCAAACUGCAGUUACACCAAGGCAUGUUUCCCCAGGCCAUGAAGAAUCUGAGACUGGCUUUUGAUAUUAUGCGAGUGACACAUGGCAGAGAGCACAGCCUGAUUGAAGAUUUGAUUCUACUCUUAGAAGAAUGCGACGCCAACAUCAGAGCAUCCUAAGGGAACCCAGUCAGAGGGAGAGGCAGCUCACAGCUGUGUUGAAUGCCUCACCGAGGUCACGCACUGUACUCUGUAUGCGCUGUGACGUACAGAGUUGGAAGUGCUGUUCUGGGUUUGUGUAGGUAAAUAAAGCAGACAUAUGAUUUCAAACCACAAGAAUCAUUAGUUGUAGAGAAACAAUUAUAAUAAAUGUAAAAAUUUGGUUGAAAA